AUGGGCGCCGCUCAAUCAAAUCGCUUUUCUGGUGCAUGCGUAAAAAGGGGUGCAAGUUUGAAAUGUGUGUUGUUUUGGGGUAGACCAGAAUAUGGCAAAAUUUAUCGCAACUAUUAAGGCAAUAAUCACGCGGUUGGUUUUUGCGCUGCACGGGUUUGUGGCCAUUUGGCAAGUGACCAUUUUUAAGAAAAACUAUUUUUAUUGGUAUUUGAGCUCGCCGAUUUUGUUGCUCUUUUUCGAAGGGAUAUUCACCCUCACUAUCAAGGAAAACCAAGAAUGGAAGUGGUUCUGUCCUUCUGUUUUUCUCUAUUUGGCGAGCAUUGUUCCUGCAAUCUGGCUCUUGGAGCUGGACAAAGUCGAUCGAAGAUUAAGAGUAAAGGAAGAGACGUUUAACUUGACUUCAAACACAAAUCUAAAAGAGCUAAACAGCCUAAUUGGGGUCCAAAUAAAACUGCCAGAAAUCCCCCUAAGCACGGAAACUUGGAUCACUCUAAUCGAGCAAUUUUUAAUGCUAAUUCUGAUAAUCGGGCGUUGGAUGUUGCCGAAGGGUGACUUGACACGAGACCAACUCAGUCAGUUGCUUCUAGUUUACAUUGGUACGGCGGCCGAUAUAAUAGAGUUUUUUGAUUCUUUCAAAGACGAUAAAAUCGCAUCGGAGCCGCUUCUAGUAUUGUUAACGUUAGGGAUUUGGUCUUGGAGCUUGAUGCAGUUUACUGUUGUUUUGACGGCCACAAAGUCAAGAAAAUCGCGACUUACGUCGACCGGUUCUAUAAUUAAUCAGUCCGACAGUUGCUGCACCAUCGAUGUGUGGGGAAUUGCACUCAAUAUCACGCUUCAGGACGCUCCAUUUUUGGUGUUCCGCCUUUUAUUAAUAACGCACUUCCAAAUAAUCUCCUACAUGAACGUGUUUUUCACGUGCAAGAACACCCUAGUCAUUCUUUUGCAGCUGUACAGACUCUACGUCGUCUACAGCGAGCAUGGCAAACGCCGGCGACCAAAAGACGAUUUCGAGUUGACCAACAUUUCGAUUAUUUCCAAACCCGACAUGUACGGAGGCCGGAAAAAGCACAAAGAGAGAACUAAACCGAGGAAAAAUCGGGCGAAGAAAGUCCAGUCAGAGGAGACCGAAGAUUCGAGCGAGGAAUCGUCCGAGGACAGGAAAAAAAAAAUUAAAAACUGUCGGAAGGACACGGGUUAUUCGACUGGGAGUUCCCACACCAGCGUCCGGGGUCACAAGAAGUCAAAAAGUCGGGAAAAUAAGAAACUGAAGAAACUCAAACGUUCCGACCAGGAGACCAGGGGGAAAAGGCGGCUAGAAGAAGCAUUUUCCGAGGAAAGUGAAAGCGACUUGUCGCCGGUCGAGAAAAAGGAGGAAAAACGGGCGAAGAAGACCCGAAGUUAUGAGAAAGAACCGACAAUUUCGGUGUCUACAAGCGACGCGUCAUCGGAAUGACGCCACCAAUUGGCCAUAAUGGCUAUUUUUUGCCUUUACUUAUUUAUUUUUAUAUGCUGUCUAUUUUUUAUAUAUUGCGGGAUUAAUUCCGAAGGUCUAGUCAUAGCUAAAGUUUACAAGAAGAAUAAUACUCACCACUGAAUAGUACGUGUUAGGUGUGGGUAGGAAAACUCGUAAAUAUUUAAAGAAAAAUUUAUUUUGAAUAAUAUUAAUAAC